UUAUGGGAGGUCUUAGGGACUUUAUGAGGAUCUGGGGGGGCUGAGGAGCUUUGCCAGCCCAAGGGGGUGACAGGAAUUUUGGAGUUGUGAAGUGGCUCCCAAAUCCCCAGGGACUGGGGUUUUCCCUUCCUUUGGUCGUUAUUCCCAACAGUUAACGCAGUGAAAAAUGAUGAUGAUGUUCCCCCCAGACCCCCUCGAAGUUCCUGGGUUUAGCACAGAUUCUCACCCUCCCCAUCCACUCAGGGAUUUCUCCAUGGCACAUCCAGGCAGCAGGAUAUGGAGAGUCUUUUCCAGAGCCUGAUUCCCACUUUUCUAGAGCUUAAAUCCCACUUUUCCAGAGUCUAAUUCCCACUUUCCCCACCCCCGUGGGUGCUGCUCUUGUCCCAGCCCGUUGUUGAGAGAGCCAAGUUGUGGUCCAUUCCCUGUGGAAACACAGAUUCCAGAGGGAUGGAAAGGGAAACAUGGGAUUUAAUUCCAUGUGGAGAAGGGGGAAGAUUCUGAUUAGGAUGUGGGAAUUGUCCCUGAGGUGCUUUCUGGUGUCAUUGUCCCCCCUCUAGGGGUCCUGAGGGUGAGAUUUGAGGGGUCCCAGCUUGGGAUUGGAGGAAAACUUGGAAAACCAGGAAAAAUGGCUGAAAAUUCCCUUCCAACUUCCCAAGCGCUUGGCCUCAGUGUCCCACCAGAUAUUUUGGGAUUUUGAGGGGUUUAGGAUUAUUUUUUCCUCAUUCUGGGCUGUGUUUCCCACUGGAUGCUCCCACAGGAAAGCUCUGGCUGCCACAUCUUCCCUGGGAGGUUUUUCCUUGGGUUCCGUGAUCCCAGAGAUCUUUUCCAGCAUAAAAAUGGUUCUUUUGGAAGAUGUUGAGGUUUUUUCCCCUCAAAAGUUGCAGGUGGAGAGUCUGGAGAGUUUGGGAUCUUUCCUUUCCCUCUUUCUUUCCCUUCUUUCUUGCCCGUCUUUCCCUUCCCUUUUUUCCUUCUUCUUUUCCCUCACCCUCUUUCCUCUUCCUUUUCCCUUCCUUUCCCUUUCCUUUUUUCCUGUUCUUUUUUCCCUUCUCCCUUAUUUCCCCCUUUUCCCUUUCCCUCCACUUCUCUGAACGCCAGUUUUACCCCUUUGAAGCAGGAAAACGUGUCCCAGUUACCUCAUAAAAGAUGGAUGUGGGAUGAUUCCUCAUUCCUGGCCGUGCCUGGAAUAACUCCAGACAAUAAACGCGUGGAUUUCCCUGGAAUACAGACACCUCAUUAUCUCCCACCUUCCACUUCCCCCCCCCCACCAGGCCCCAGGAGGAACAUUAAAGAAUUAUUCCUUUAAAAUCCUGAGAUGGGGUUUGGUAUUCCAGGAGCACCUUUGGGAUGGGAAAAGCCACUGGAAUCGGCCUUUCCUUGUGUUUAAAAGGCUUAUGAAAACUGAUUAUCCUGAUUUUUUUAGGGCGAAAAAACCUGAUUCUCCUGAUUUUUUGGGGGGGAAAACCCCUGCAAUUCCAGGCAGGCUUCCUUCCUUUGCAGUAAAAUCCCUGGAUUGAUGCAUUCUGUGUCUGUUUUGGGGCUAAAAUACUUGCUUUUGGGUCAGAACCCACCAAGGGGUAUGUGAAAAGAAGGCAUUUGAACUUCAUGUGUUUUGGGGGAGAAAAAAAUCCCAAAGUAUAGGGUUUAAAUUUCCUGGGAAUUCAGCAGAAUUUGGGAUAAAACUGGAGCUGGGAGUUCUAAACAUGAAAAACCUUCCUACCACAGCACAGAAAUUUGGACUGUUGGGGUGUUAAAUCUUUGUAUAUUUUAUUUAAGUGUUAUUUAUAUAAAUCUAUAAUAUAUUUUAUAUAUUUAUGCAUUUUAUUUCCUGCCCAGAAUUCCCUUUUCCAAACCCUCAUCCCAGCCCUGGGUGUGUUUAUUCCCCCCUUCCCACUUAAAUCCUGUUUAUUGUCCUCCUUUAAACUGAAUGAAACUCUUAUUUUUUGGCUGUUCAGGUGGAAAUUUGGGGGGGGAUUUUUGAGCUUCCCCGGAAACUUCACAGGCAAUUUGUGGUUUUUUUCCAGCUCUUUGGGAGGACUUUGAGGUGUUUUUUUUGUGAGAAAUCCCUGGAUUUUUAGUGUCUUAUCCCAUUUUUUAGUCAGGAUUUAAUUCCUUGUGCUCCACGGGGGGGUCAGGGCCCACCUGGGGCCUCCAGAGUGUUGGAAAUUGGAUUUUUUAUUGAAAAAUAAUUAGAAAAUGCCAAUUUCUGUGUACUCAGGGAUGAUCCCCAAGAUGGAAAUAAGCUGGAAUAUGAGGUCCCAUAAUUCCAGAGCCAGUUAUCCACACGGUCCUUUCCAGGAGACCAAAACACCCCCAAAACCCCCAAUUUUUGUUUAAUUCUUUCAAACACCAGUGUUUUCAGCUGAAUCUCCCUGAGCCCGAUAAAAACCCAGACAAAUUUCUCCCUUUUUUCACUUUUCCACCCAAAUUUUCCUUGAAUAAUCAGUCUGGAUGGAGCAAAAACAGCUCUGGAACUGGGAGUUUGGGAAUUGGGUUUUUUUUUUUUACUUACUGGCUGAGAAUUUUAACUGUUUUCCUUCUGAUAACAGUCCCCUGUAACACUCCUCUGCAUUUCCAUGGGAUUUGGGGAAGUUUCCUGCAGGAAUUUGGUUGUUCCAGCCAGAUUUGGGUUGUUUUGGUCCACGUAAAUUCCCUUAAAAAAACCACUAUUUGUUUGAAAUACGGAUUUUUGGGGCAGUUUUGGGGCUUUCCUGUGUCUCCGUAACCACCCCCCCCGCCAUGUUAAUUCCUCUUUUCCCGCUGAAUUCCCACUCGGAUUUAGGGGGGUUUUUUUCAGCCCUUUAUGUUGAAAAUUCCCACCUAAAACCGGUUAGGAAUUCCAGGGAUCUGCUGUGUUCCAGGAGCUUUAUCAGGUGAAAUAUUAAUUCAUAUUAAUUAAUUAUCAAGAAUUAGCCAUUUGAUCCCAUUUUAUCCAUCCCUGUGCUUUCACUCCCAUUCCCAAUAUUGCAUUUUCUCCUCAAAAUUCCCUUUUCCAAACCCUCAUUUGUUCUACCCCUCUAAAUUUCUGUUGAUUUUCCUCCUUUAAACUGCACAAAACUCUGUUUUUUGACUGCUCAGGUGGGAAUUUUGGGGAGAUUUUUGAACUUUCUCCAAAAAUUCCACGGACAACUCAUAUUUUUUCCAGCUUUUAUAUGAACUUCAAGAUGUUUUUGGCCCGAUUUGCUCCUGGGAUGUCCCUGCAGAGGCACUUUUUAAACAUCCCUUUGUUCCACGAAUUAAACCCCAGGGAAUUAAAGCACUCCCAAGGUGCUCCAAACCCCUCAUGCCCAGGCAUUCCCACCAUUUUUAUUCCCAAAAAUAAGAUUAUAAAGGGGAUUUUAGGCUUGGUUUUACUGAAUUGCUGCGUUUUAAGCCUGGCUUUAGGUUUAAAGCCCUUCCAAAGGGUUCUAAAGCUGGGAUCAGAGGUCGGGGCGGGAGCUCCAGCCUUUCCUAAGCUCCGGCUUUAUCUGGAAUCUGAAGGUUUUCCUGGCACAGCAUUUCCUGGUUGUGGCCACAGAGCAAAGCAGGGAAGUGAAACUGGGCUGGAAUCCCUCGGAUCCCCCUGAAAUUCCCAAUUCCAGACUUGCUUUUAAGGGAUGAAGGAGUUUUAAUUGGGAAAAGCUGAAGGCAGGAGUUUAAUCCCUUCCUUUUGGGACUCUUUCCAGAAAUUCCACUUGGAGCUGGGACAGAACCUCCUUCAGGAAGGAGCUGCUCUGCCUGUCCCUACAUUCCCGACAGCUCCAGGCCCCUGGACUGGGAAUUUUCCUCCCCAGUCCCCAAAACCUCUCAGAAUUCCCAUUAUUUCCUCCCUUUUUGUAGCUGAAUUUGGGGCUGAAAAUGUCUAAAAAGCAGAACACAAAAGAUCCUUCGGGAUUUAUCUUUGAUGUUCAAUCCAACACUGUGAUGGCCCAGGGAGGGACCUUUGAGAACAUGAAGGAAAAGAUUGGAGCUGUCCGAGCGAUUGUUCCCAACAGGAGCAACAACGAGAUUGUCUUGGUCCUGCAGCACUUUGACAACUGUGUGGAUAAAACAGUCCAGGCCUUCAUGGAAGGGAAUGCCAGUGAGGUGCUGAAGGAAUGGACUGUGACAGGCAAAAAAAAGAACAAAAAGAAGAAACCCAAACCCAAACUUCCCAGUGGUUCCAGCCCUGCCCUCCCAGCCCCUGGAAAACCAGUUUCCCCCGGAGAGGAGACCCCAGGAAACUGGGAAAAGGGGGGAAUGAACGGAUUCCAUGUGAACGGCUGCGCCCAGGACACAGAAUCCGUGGAUUCCCUGAGCGAGGGCCUGGAUGGGAUGUCGAUGGAUGGCAGGGAAGUGGAUGCAGAGCCGAGCCUAAGGAAUGGACUGUCUGACCCGGACCCCCCAAGGCUCCCUAUAUCCCCCCCCAGGGCUCUGCCCACCUCCCACCCUGAGUCCCGGGAAGAGGCUCCGGUGUCACCCCCUGGCAGGAAAAUGGGGUCGAACAUUGAGAAGUCGGUGAAGGACCUGCAGCGCUGCUCCGUGUCCCUGGCGCGCUACCGGGCCCUGCUCAAGGAGGAGAUGGACACGUCCAUCAGGAAGAUGAAGCAGGUCUUUGCUGAGCUCCAGAGCAGCCUCAUGGACCGAGAGGUGGCUUUGCUGGCCGAGAUGGACAAAGUGAAGGCAGAAGCAAUGGAGAUCCUGGUGGGGAGGCAGAGGAGGGCAGAGGCCUUGCGGAAACUCACGGAAGGGGCUGCGCGGAUGUCGGAGGAGCAGCUGCUGGAGCUCAGGGCUGACAUCAAGCACUUUGUGAGCGAGCGCAAGUACGACGAGGAGCUGGCCAGGGCUGGCAGGUUCACCUGCGACUUGGAGGGGCUCAAGAGGAGCAUCACCUGCUUCGGCCAAGUGUCCCACCCCAAGACCAGCUAUUCCAGCCGCUCCCGCUGCAGCUCCGGCCCCCCUGGGGCCCCCCUGGGCCUCCCUAGUGCCUCCCCCACCCCCAGCACGGCCGGAAAACCCCUGGGACCCAUGGAGGGGGCUCUGGGGGACACAGCGGAGGGCCGGCCCCGGCCCCCCCAAGAGCCUUCCCAGCGGAUCCGGAGGGUGGGAGCAGGACCCCGAGCCCCGACCCCGCGGCACAACGGCCCCCCUGGGCCCCCCAACAGCGGGACCCAGCCUGGCCCCCGCGAGCCCCCAACCCCGGGCCCCCUCAGCCCCCCGAGGGGGGCUCCCCCCACGGAGACCCCGAAGGAGCCGUACUGAGAGAGCGAAUUCCUGAGGAAAACUCCAGGAUCCCGCCGGGGGGGGGGUCCCAGCCACGUUUACAAUUCCCGUUCUGUGCCAUUUUUCCCCCUUUCUCUCCCCCCUCCUGGUCUGUUCCGUGUUGUCCCACUGGGAUUUGGGGGUCCAGGACACCCCAGUGCUGCCAUCGUCCCUUCCACCUCCCUUUUUCCUUCCUCUCCAUCUCAAAAAUCCCUCGCGCUGGAAGCGAGGAGGAGUGGGGAAGGAGGAGGGGGCUCUGACCCCCCCCCAGGAUCUGGAAUGUUCUCCUCUGGGAACUGGGGAGUCCCCUCUGUCUCCCCCAGAUCUGGGAUGUCCCCAGACCCUCGGGGAUCUGAGGUGUCCCCCCAGGAUCUGGAAUGUUCCCCUUGGGAUCUGGGGGGGUUCCCUCUGUGAUUUGGAUUUCUCUCCAUGUCCCUCCAGGCUCUGGAAUGUUCCCUGUGGGAUCUGAGGUGUCCCCUCUGUGACUAGGGGAGUCCUCUCUGUGUCCGUUGGGAUUCGGGGGGGGGUUCCCUCAGCUGCACAUUUGGGGUUUUUCCCUAGAUUUUCUUUAGGGAAUUUCCUUCAUUCCCAUGCCAGUUCCUGCCCCCCCCCCCUCAAAUCCCCACCACAGCAACACCCAGGAGCAAAUCCCAGACAUUCCUGGGAACAGGGACAGUAAAUCCACAUGGGGGAGGGCUGGGAGGGGUCCCCAACUUUGCUCCCCCCACACACACACUUUUUCCAUGUUUUUUUUUUUCCAAGUUUGAUUUUUUGUUUUUUUUCUUUAAUUAAUUAAAACUUCAGAACAAAUUAAUUCAAUGAA